AGGAAAAAAAAUAGCAGCAACAAGAUUACUGAAGAUGAAGAUGGCGUCUUUUUUCAUGAUUGUGAUGGUGGUCACGACGAUGUUACUGGCUGAAGCACAAGUGUCACAAGCAGAGACAUGCAACCCAGAGCAGUUGAGCCCAUGCCUAGGAGCAAUCACGUCCUCUACACCACCCUCGACCACUUGCUGCAGCAAAUUGAAGGAGCAGAAGCCUUGUCUCUGUGGAUACCUCAAGGAUCCGAGCCUCAAGCAGUAUGUUUCCUCUCCUGGUGCUAGAAAGGUUGUCAGUGCCUGUGGCGUUCCCUACCCUAGUUGCUAAUUGUUAUGAAUAUUAUGUAAUGGUAUGAAUAGUGUUAUAUAUAUAUAUAUAUAUAUAAUUCCAUCUAAUUAAUGA